CUGGACCUAAGUAUACACAACAUUAAGUUGCUUAUUCUUUGAUUAUUAUGGCAUGCUCGCACGUGGAUCCACAAAUAAAUCAUUAUAGCUGAGAGAAGCAUUAUACUUAUAAAUAUGCGUACGAAAUCCAUACUGACUCUCCUUCUUUAAUGCAUAUAUCUACGUCCACAUUCUGAACCUUCAACUCUACCCAUACGACAAAGAAAGAGAAAUUGAUCAUGUUAUAAUAAAUAUACAAACAAGCUAACAAGAUAGAUUGAAUUUAUUUUAUAGGAAAUGUUUUGAUUUUAAUUUCUGCAUCAUGUUGAAUGACUUUCUACAUCGCAGCGAUUUUUCAGACCCGCGUUUUAUUUUGAUCAAUACCACAAUUGAACCGUUAGCUUGGGAUAAGCGACGGAAAGCGCUAAUUAUAUUCAUUUAAUGACACAACAACCAUUGCCAAACUAUCUAUCAUAUUCGCAAAUCCUGGGACAGGAUGUAUAUACCAUUGUACAGCUACCACAGACCUACUACGGACCUUCUAUCCCACUCGGUGAUGGCUGGAGUUAUGGUGGUUUGAGUUCUCCUACUGCAAGUAGUACAAGUACGAGCAGUACGUCCAGUAGUAGCACGAGUACAAGUACAAGCAGUAGUACGUCAAGCAGUACGAGCACUAGCACUUCUUCAACAUCGUCAUCGUCUUCAACAUCAUCAUCCAGUUCGUCUAGUUCGUCCAGUUCGACUAGUUCUCCAGAACCACCAAUUGACAGAGGUGCAGGCACCGAUACGUCCAAAAUUCUUGCUAUCGUAUUACCCGUCGUACUUGGCACGCUGCUUUUGUUAUUACUUUUACUCUUGUUGUUAUGUCUGUUGAGACGGAGGAAGAGACAGAAAGAGAUAGAGGAACGUCAAUUCGAAAUAACUCCCUUUUUGGGCACACACAAAGCGCGUCCUUCUGAUGCAGAAUUCACACGAGAUAACAGUAACUCAUUUUCACGCACAUGGACUGCUUUAAUGGGCAAUAAAUACUCAUGGGGAUCAAAAAAGCAAAACAAAUUUACUACUAUUCCCCCACCACACAGCCGAGGCUUCAAGACAGAUCUCUCUAUCGAGGAGAAGAUCACACCAGUGCAGCGUCAGCUUUCAAGUUCUCAUUUGGCUGUGGCAGAUCCGAAUGCACAUAGGCCAGCAUCUAGGAUGCCAUCUAAGAGUAGCAUCAUCACUUAUGAUAACCAAUCGCAGAAGUAUACUUCGCCAUUAGACAAGAUAAGGAAAAUGCGUCUGUCUUUACUUAGCAACCACACUGCGAAUGAUAAUGAUGAUGAAAAUGACGGUCCUUCUACAAGUGCUGGUAUAUGGGGAUUAGCGACGAGUGUCUUCCCAAGAAGAUCAAUGAGACCACAGCCACCACUAAGUGGAACAGUUGGAAAGCGCGUCAGCCCUCAUAAGCGACAAGAUAGUGAUGCAUAUUCAGUCAGCAAUGAUGAUAGCAGUAGCUCAACUAAUCCUUUUUUCGCAUAUAUACCUACUCCAAGGAUCGACGAUUUCUAUGAUACUAGCAUGAGUACUACCAAUUCGAAAGCCUUUACCGAUUCUAGUAAUGGUGGGAGUUUCCAUUCAAGCAGUCCAAUUCGUCCGCCGUUUGCUUACAGGAAUCAUGGUGCGACACCUUCAUCUUCACCUUCAAUGUCGAGUUUAUCUCAAAUUACGUGGUUGAACACGGUAGAACGGAACAAUAGUAACAAUCCUGAUUCAUCAGUCAAUUCGCCUGUGUCUGCUUCGUUCAACACUGCCACAGAAGGUUACGAUAGCAGCAGAAACAGCAGUACGAGGUCCAGGAGCACGGUAGACAGUGAUAACGGCAGCCGACCACCAGUAUUCCCUCGUACAAGUGACACUGUCUUCGGUAGAAUCAUUGCGGAGAGAGAAAGCGCGCAUGAUUUUGGGCCUCCACGUAACGACUAUCAACCAGUAAUAGUUGAAGAAGAGGAAGACGAGAACACAACCCUUGACGAAGAUGCAAGGAGGGAGGAAGCUAUGUCUCUCAAAUCCCCUAAAUGGAAGCAAAAUGCACGUAGUUUCCUCCAAAGAACACAUUAAACUUCAUAGAAUCAAAC